GCCGCGGUCUCCCGGCGGCGGCGGCGGCUUUGUCUCGUGGGCUGGUCCCCAGCGGCUCCCUCCCGGAACAGCUGCUGCUCGAGGGAGGAAGCGGCGCGGGUGCUGUCCAGCAUCCCGGUGCUGAAAACCAGGGGGCUCGUCAUCCACCACUACCAUGUAAGGGCCAUGAGAAGGGCUCGUCCUGGCGCAGCGCGGACAUGGAGGAGGACUUAUUCCAGCUAAGGCAGCUGCCGGUUGUGAAAUUCCGUCGCACAGGUGAGAGUGCAAGGUCAGAGGACGACACGGCUUCAGGAGAGCAUGAAGUCCAGAUUGAAGGGGUCCGCAUGGGCCUAGAGGCUGUGGAGCUGGAUGAUGGGGCAGCUGUGCCCAAGGAGUUUGCCAAUCCCACUGAUGAUACUUUCAUGGUGGAAGAUGCGGUGGAAGCCAUUGGCUUUGGAAAAUUUCAGUGGAAGCUGUCUGUUCUCACCGGCUUGGCUUGGAUGGCUGAUGCCAUGGAGAUGAUGAUCCUCAGCAUCCUGGCGCCACAGCUGCAUUGCGAGUGGAGGCUCCCAAGCUGGCAGGUGGCACUGCUGACCUCGGUGGUCUUUGUAGGCAUGAUGUCCAGCUCCACGCUCUGGGGAAAUAUCUCAGACCAGUACGGCAGGAAAACAGGACUGAAGAUCAGCGUGCUGUGGACGCUGUACUAUGGCAUCCUUAGUGCUUUUGCGCCCGUGUAUAGCUGGAUCCUGGUGCUCCGGGGCCUGGUGGGCUUCGGGAUUGGAGGAGUUCCCCAGUCGGUGACGCUGUAUGCCGAGUUCCUUCCCAUGAAAGCCAGAGCUAAAUGUAUUUUGCUGAUUGAGGUAUUCUGGGCCAUCGGGACAGUGUUUGAGGUCGUCCUGGCUGUGUUCGUGAUGCCCAGCCUGGGCUGGCGUUGGCUGCUCAUCCUCUCGGCUGUCCCGCUCCUCCUCUUUGCCGUGCUGUGUUUCUGGCUGCCGGAAAGUGCAAGGUAUGAUGUGCUGUCAGGGAACCAGGAAAAGGCAAUCGCCACCUUAAAGAGGAUAGCGACGGAAAACGGAGCUCCCAUGCCACUGGGGAAACUCAUCAUCUCCAGACAGGAAGACCGAGGCAAAAUGAGGGACCUUUUCACGCCCCAUUUUAGAUGGACAACUUUGUUGCUGUGGUUUAUAUGGUUUUCCAAUGCGUUCUCUUACUACGGGUUAGUGCUACUCACCACAGAACUCUUCCAGGCAGGAGAUGUCUGCAGCAUCUCCAGUCGUAAGAAGGCAGUAGAGGCAAAAUGCAGCCUGGCCUGCGAGUACCUGAGUGAGGAGGAUUACAUGGACUUACUGUGGACCACCCUCUCUGAGUUUCCAGGUGUCCUUGUGACUCUGUGGAUUAUUGACCGCCUGGGGCGCAAGAAGACCAUGGCCCUGUGCUUCGUCAUCUUCUCCUUCUGUAGCCUCCUGCUGUUUAUCUGUGUUGGAAGAAAUGUGCUCACUCUGUUACUCUUCAUUGCAAGAGCGUUUAUUUCUGGAGGCUUUCAAGCGGCAUAUGUGUACACACCUGAGGUCUACCCCACGGCAACGCGGGCCCUCGGCCUGGGCACCUGCAGUGGCAUGGCAAGAGUGGGUGCGCUCAUCACUCCGUUCAUUGCCCAGGUGAUGCUGGAAUCCUCUGUGUACCUGACUCUGGCAGUUUACAGUGGCUGCUGCCUCCUGGCUGCCCUGGCCUCCUGCUUUUUGCCCAUCGAGACCAAAGGCCGAGGACUGCAGGAGUCCAGCCACCGGGAAUGGGGCCAGGAGAUGGUCGGCCGAGGAAUGCACGGUGCAGGUGUUACCAGGUCGAACUCUGGCUCUCAGGAAUAGUGACCAAUGGGGGACUGUGCUGGUCUUUGAGGCUGCAGAGCUCGGGGGGCUGGCGGGCCCCAACUGGGGCACUGAUUGUCACUGCCGACAUCAAGAACUCACCCAAGAGUAUGACCUGGACCAACAGGGUUUUGUGUCUUGAAUCAGUUUGCUCAUCUUCAUUGAGGUCCACCCAGGGAUGGGGGGAUACUUGCUCUAGGGGGUUCUCUGUAUAUGUGGUGAAAGGUUUGUUCAUAACCUGUGGAUCUACAUGGGAAAACUACCCAUAUUAGGAGGGUCUGGUGAUGCCAGCAACCAAUCAGACACCAUCCAGAGUCACCUGGUCACACCCUCAGUGAACAACCAAAAGAUUUCUCUGUAGAUACCGUCCAGGCUCAGGCCCAUGUGACACCUGCUGUCCACCCACCAGACCUGUUCAGUAGGUUUCCCCCACACCCACCGCCCCAGGCUUUCUUCUUUGAAAUUACAGGUUAUCUAGGUGUGGUCUGAGCAGCUAUUUCCUGACAGGAGCACCCCUGUUUGCCUCCCUAGAACCUGACCAGUGGAUUCUCUGGCAGAUGGACAUGGUACAUUCAAACUAGAGCUACGUGCCCCCACCCAGCCCCCUUGGGAGUUGCCAUUGUUGGCACCAAGAGAUCCAGAUGUGUCCCUGGGGACAGCUGGACUUGCACCGGGUGACCUCAGAAUGCUGUCACCCCCUGGGAACUGAGGACUGAGGCCAAAGUGAAUCAAGCUCAAGCCAGAGCAGGGGCCUGUCCUGAGGCAGCGAAGGCCGCGGUUCCAGCUUCUUUCCUGGCCCCUCCUUGGUCAGGUUGAAUGGUGACUUUUUUUUUUUUUGCUCUGUCACCCAGGCGGGAGUGCAGUGGUGCAAUCUCGGCUCACUGCAACUCUGCCUCCCGGGUUCAAGCAAUUCUCUUGUCUCAGCCUCCCAAGUAGCUGGGAUUACAGGUGCCCACCUGUACUUUUUAGUAGAGACAGGGUUUCACCAUGUUAGCCAGGCUGGUCUUGAACUUCUGACCUCAAGUGAUCCACCUGCCUCGGCCUCCCACAGUGCUGGGAUUACGGGUGUGAGCCACUGCACCCCGCCUGAAUGAUGACUCUUGAGGGGAAAAAGUUUACUCAGGUUGCAGGUACAAAAUCCAAAAUCCAGGGCUUUGGGUUUUGUGCAUGGGUAGACAGCUGAAUGGGCAGAGAAACCAAAAGGAUGCUUCACCCACCAUCUCAUCCCAUGGGGAUCAGGGGACCAAGAUUCCCUGCUGUGAAGCUGCUCUUCUGUCCAGGGCCAUCUUGGUCAUUACCCAAAGGCAGCCCCUGGGGUUCCAUUCAUGGAGCCUGCUGUGGAGUGGAGAGAAGUGGGAGGACUCAGGUGUAUGAAAUGUAUAUAUUUUCAAAGGAAGAGGAGGGAGGCCAAUUGGUUUUGAGUUGGUCUCCGCAGGCGACAUCACUUCCGGGAUUUGGUUUACUGGAGCCUUUUUUCCCCAUGGUGAAGGCAGGGGACCUAGACAAGGAGGGAGGAAGCUGGCAGAUCCCAUCAAAGGCCAGAGCAGACUGACCUACUGCUUGAAGUAAACAUUGCAAGGAAGCCAAUUUGUGCGUUCAUCUCUUAUUAAAACAUGUCAGUGAUGGACAUUGCAAGAGCCUAAGUUGAUUCAUUGUCAUCAUGUCCUAGUGACAGUCCAGCCUAACGGUCUACCUACCUUUGUUCAUCGAAAUUCAUCUCAAUGCUUUAGUAUGAUAAUCUCCUUUCCAAUGAGUGGGGAAAGAUGCACUGUUGGCUACCAACAUUGUGGCUGUGCCUGUUGGAGACAACACUUUCUUCUAAUGGUGUGCAGGUCAUGAUGGGGGACUUCCUCCAGCUCAAGUUCUAGAUCAACUGAAAACAAUACUGUGUCUCUAAAAUAUGGGCCGCAGCCCCCUCGACCCAGGCAGUUGGAGAGGAGACAGCUUGGCAGAUCUCUGUCUCUCUCUGACAACCACAUUUCCUUGAACCACGUGUGGCUGUAGCUCUAAUUAUUUCCAGACAGCUGAGCUUUCCUGGGUAACACAGAACUUGUGCUUGUCUCUUUUGCCUUCCGGCUGGUCAGAUGCUGCUGGAUGAUCAUGUCCAUUCCCUCACCCUAGAAUAACCCAGUGGAGCUGGGGGCUAGGUGGGGAUAGAGUACUUGGUGAGCAGGAAUAUUUCCCAGAGACUAGGGUAAAGGGGUUUACAAUUGAGGGCUUUCUCUAUUUGAGAAAGUGAAAGUUAAAAACUCUCGCUGGGCACGAUGGCUCACACCUGUAAUCCCAGCACUUUGGGAGGCCGAGGCGGGUGGAUCACAAGGUCAGGAGAUCGAGACCAUUCCUGGCUAACAUGGUAAAAACCCCGUCUCUACUAAAAGUACAAAAAAAAAAAAAAAAAAAUUAGCCGGACAUGGUGGUGGGCACCUGUAGUCCCAGCUACUUGGGAGGCUGAGGCAGGAGAAUGGCGUGAACCUGGGAGGCGGAGCUUGCAGUGAGCUGAGAUUGCGCCACUGUACUCCAGCCUGGGUGACAGAGCGAGACUCCAUCUCAAAAACAAAACAAAACAAAAAACAACAAAAAAAACCUCUUUGCCUUCUGAAUAGCCUGCCCUUUUCAAAAAAUCAAUAUUAUCAAAUGAUACAAGAGCUAUCACAAAAGGCACCCCAAUCUCUGAAUAUGUGAGACCUUUAGCUGAAGACAUUUGUAUCUAAUUUUGAACAAUCCUAUUCAAAAAGCUCCUGUUUUCAUUAAUGGAAAUGCCAUGUUUCUCUCAGAGUUAGGAAAGAUCUCAGAAAGUGGCAAAAUAUAUUUAAUGUAGCCAGAGCUAUGUAUUUCUGUCUUUCUCUUACUUCAAGUAUUCUAAAAAACAUAUAACAGACCUUGGUGGUGUUCACAGUGGGAUGAAACAGUAUCUUAGGAAUUGACUUUGAAAUGAGUAUGAAUAUUCAUUGUUUUUAAUAUAAUAUUAAGCAACAGAAAGCCUUGAAUGAUGAGAUCAAGAGUCUCCCCUGCCAUUACUUUCAAUGGCAAAAACUGUAAUUACUUUUUUUUUUUUGAGACUGAGUCUCAGCUCACUGCAACUCCACCUCCCAGGUUCAAGUGAUUCUCCCGUCUCAGCCUCCCGAGUAGCUAGGAUUACAGGUGCCCGCCUUGACGCUUGGCUAAUUUUUGUAUUUUUAGUACAGACAGGUUUCACCAUGUUGAUCAGGCUGGUCUCAAACUCCUGACCUCAAGUGAUCCGUCCACCUCGGCCUCCCAAAUGCAAUUACUUUUGCACCAACCUAAUAACAGUAAUCCCAGUCAAUAGUUGCUUAAACCAUUAGAACCAAAACCAGGCAGAGAUCCGAGAAGGUUCAACAUGUAACAAUGUUAUCAAGAACCCAGCUUCUUUUUGCCUUUCCUUGUCACCAUCCUCUGCAUUUUGGCCAUUUGACCCUGUGCUUGAAACCUCAUGGUCACAAAAUGGCUGCCCCUGUGCUGGACAUCAUAUUUAUUUUCAAAGAAGGUAGAAUGGGAAAGGAGCAGUCAUAAAACGUUUUCUUUCAGAAGAGUCUGUUGCUUUUGGUUAGAAAAGGAAGUCCCCCGGCAGAUUUACCAUUGCUUCUCAUGUCCAUCCCAGCACGAGUCCUGCUGUAGGGCUGGAAGGAAGGGUCUACCAGCACCAAGGGAUAUCCACAGUCUCUUAAACACAAAAUUGGGAUUCUGUUAGCACAGAAGAAGGAUAGCAAUGGCUGUUGAAUGGGUGAUGGUUGCAAGGAGCCUGACAUGGAUGUGUAGGCCACAGAGCUCUCGUCAGUGCUGUUUCGUGGCCAGGAACAGAAAUUCUACUCAGGGUAAUUAAAAUUAAGGAACAGAGCUUUAUUAUAAGACUGGGAUCAGUAGUUAAUUUCCUACAGGGGAAAUUCAGGGAAUGUAAAUCAGUGAAAUGGAAAAGGUAUAAGGACAAGAGAAACGCCAGCGCUGUCUGCAGUGGGUGGCCACAACUCCCUUCCAGCUGAUGCUGUUCCACCAUGGGUCCAGUGGGACCAGAUCUUCCAGUGUUCAAGAGAGGAGUCUAGGAUUUUCUGUGAAAUCGCCAAAUAUUAGUAUAUUUGAUCAAAAAUGUUCAAAUGAUGUGUGAGUUCAAUAAAAUGCAUCUGCAGUGCA